AAAAUAAUAGGUAUAACGAUUUCAGGCAGAAAAUUGCCUCGCGGAAAUCCGUAUCGCGUGUUCGAAAUUGGCGUGAAGUAUAUGUAUUGUAGAAUUUUCGUAGCGUGGUGUGGUGGGGCUGGUUGUUUUUCUUUCUGUUUGGUAGUUCGACACCCGGUCUCGGCACGCGUUUCAGAGCAGCUAGUGGGUAUCAUUCGAAAUCGCGUUACCAAUAAAUGUUAUAUCGUUGUGAGAAAUAUUCAUUCUCGAGACGCGAUACCAUUGGUCAUUGCAAUGUUCGCGAUCGAAAUGUAGAUCGAAUAUUCCGUUUUUUGUCGAACGAUAGACGUGUGACGAAACUGAUAAUUGUCCACUAGUCUUUCGAGUGACGAAACGCGAUUCCGCUGAUGCGUCUACAUUAUAAACCCACGCGUAACUGACUUAUCUGUACUUUAUGAAUAUUGAGAAACGAACGAAACGGUCAGUCGGUAUCGUGUUUUGGUACUGGUGUUCAUGUGUGAAAACAUCGUCGCGCUCUCGAGACGCGCACUGUCGAGUGGUGAUCGAUUCCCGGCUAAAAAAGAUCGAGGAUCAUUCUUCGAGAAAAAGACGAUAAAUGUGUCUAAAGCGGGGAUCGUGGUCGAUAAGUUACCGAGGCAAGAGAGGAAGAGGAAGAAACGACCAAUAACCAUUAGUGAAGUUUCGAUCUAGCUCGACCUAACCUCUUUCUUUAUCCUCGCCUCGUUUUUUUUCUCCCCUUUUGCCUCUACCCUGUCUCCUUUCGUCGAUCUGCCCAUUUCUCGACCUUCGCCACAUCGCUUCAGUUUUCGUAUUCAGUGUCGUGCACGAUUUUCGAUCAAUUGAAGGUCCAACAUGGCAUCGUCAAUCAUCGAGGGAAGCGAUGACUAUGGUUUGGGAUAUCAGAACACGUUGAUGUAUGGUCGCUACACGAAGGAUCUGGGUGAAUACGCAAAAGAAGAGGCACGGAAGCUCAAGUACGAGAAAACACGGCGGAAAUACGACAGCAGGGAGGAGGAUCUCAGGAAGUCGAGAAGAGGACCCCUUUGCAGGAAGUUGGUCGCGUUAUUGGCUUUCGCGUGGAAGCACACGGGAGCUAGGUUAGGGGAGGAUUGGGUGUUCUUGGCCCUUCUUGGCAUAAUCAUGGCGCUCAUCAGUUAUGCCAUGGACCGUGGCAUUUCUAUGUGUAACAACGCCAGGAUAUGGCUUUAUCAGGAUCUGACGCACCAUCCGGCGCUUCAAUAUCUCGCCUGGGUGUCCUUGCCGGUUUGCCUGAUCCUCUUCAGCGCCGGCUUCGUGCACAUCGUUGCACCGCAGAGCAUAGGAUCCGGCAUUCCGGAGAUGAAAACGAUCCUACGCGGGGUGGCCUUGAAGGAGUAUCUCACCUUUCGUACGCUCGUAGCGAAGGUGAUAGGUCUGACCGCGACCCUGGGCUCCGGCCUACCAUUGGGCAAGGAAGGCCCAUUCGUGCACAUCGCCAGUAUCGUGGCCACCCUUUUGUCCAAAUUGGUGACGAGUUUCCAAGGGAUCUACGAGAACGAGAGCAGGAACUGCGAGAUGCUCGCCGCGGCCUGCGCCGUAGGGGUGGCAGCCUGUUUCGCAGCCCCUAUCGGCGGUGUCCUGUUCAGCAUCGAGGUAACCACGGUGUAUUUCGCGGUGAGAAAUUAUUGGAGGGGGUUCUUCGCCGCUGUUUGCGGGGCAACCAUGUUCCGUUUGCUCGCCAUCUGGUUUCAACGGGAGGAAACGAUCACAGCGAUGUUCGCCACCAAUUUCACCAUGGACUUCCCCUUCGACCCGCAAGAAUUGUUCGUGUUCGCGUUGAUAGGAGUCGGCAGCGGUAUAGGGGGCGCUUUCUACGUUUGGCUGCACAGGCAAUACGUGAUCUUCAUGAGAAAGAACAAAAGUAUGAACAGCUUCCUGCAGAAAAACCGCUUCUUGUACCCUGGAAUCGUCUCCUUGCUCGUCUCGUCCGUUUCUUUCCCACUGGGAUUAGGCCAAUUCAUGGCCGGUGAUUUGAAUACUCACGAUCAAGUGUACGGUUUGUUCACCAACUUCACUUGGACCAAGCAAGAGUUGGGGGUCGAAGAAAUGAACAUAGUGAAGCAUUGGUCCACCGUCUAUACCGACGUGUUCAUCGGUUUGAUCGGUUUCGUUGCGUUCACGUUCAUCUUCUCGAUCAUAAGCUCCACGGUUCCCGUGCCAUCGGGAAUUUUCAUCCCCGUGUUCAAGAUUGGCGCUGCUCUGGGCAGAGCCAUGGGCGAAGCUAUGGCUCUGUGGUUUCCCAACGGCGUUCGUUACGGCGGUAUCAUAACGCCCAUCGUACCAGGAGGCUACGCUACCGUUGGGGCAGCUGCAUUUUCCGGUGCUGUGACCCAUACGAUAUCGGUGAGCGUUAUCGUGUUCGAGAUGACAGGUCAGAUCACUCACAUCGUCCCGAUCAUGAUCGCCGUGUUGAUCAGCAACGCGAUUGCCGCCCUUCUUCAGCCCAGCAUAUACGACAGUAUCAUUUUGAUCAAGAAGCUGCCCUAUCUUCCAGACCUGUUGCCUUCCAGUUCAGGAAUGUACAACGUGUACGUCGAAGAUUUUAUGGUUCGUGACGUAAAAUAUAUCUGGCAUGGAAUUUCCUAUCAGAAGUUGAAAGAAAUUUUAAAGGAAAACCGCAAGCUUCGCGGUUUUCCACUGGUCGACAAUCCCGAUUCGAUGAUCCUGCUCGGAUCUAUCCAGAGAUUGGAAUUAAUCAAGUUGAUCGAGAAGCACAUAGGGCGUGAAAGGAGGUUGCAGGUGGCUCAAAAGUGGCACAAGGAGGCCGAAGAGAGGGCUCGGGAGGAGAUGGAACGACAAUUGAGGGAUCAGGAGAGAACGAGGAGGCCGUCCAGGUUCGAAGUGAUUCCUGCUCCCGAUAUUCUUAAGAUGCAAAGGCAAAGUGUUAACGAUUUAACCAUGUCACCUAACAACGGUGCCGCUCCUGAUCACGUGAGUCACCACACCUACCAUUCCCCGAUAUUUGGCUCGCAACCGAAGAAAUCCAUCCUGAAGAAGACCAAUUCCUUCACGCUGAAAGGAUUCAGCCCGUUGGUGAGCCCGGCCGCUACUCCUUACACCACUGUGACCGGUGCAGAGAGCAGGAUCCGCCUUGCCUUCGAGGCGAUCUUCCGCAAGUCGGCCACUUUGCAAGACGUGGAUCCGGAUCCGGAGAUCGGAGCCGGUGCUGGCGUGAGGCGCGACAGUCAGGAGGUGCCGCCGCACACGCCAAUGCUGGCGCCAAGUCCUGCCACCUCGAAGAAAGUGCAACUGCCUCGCGAGAGGGUGAUAGAUAUGUCGGCAGAGGACCAGAAACGAUGGGAGGAGAGCGAAAUGUCGUUGGAGGUGGAUUUCUCGAGGUGUCACAUCGAUCCAGCGCCCUUCCAGCUGGUCGAGCGAACAUCUUUGUUGAAGGUUCACAGUCUGUUCAGCAUGGUGGGGGUGAAUCACGCUUACGUGACGGCUAUCGGGAGGCUGGUCGGGGUUGUGGGAUUGAAAGAGCUGAGAAAAGCGAUAGAGGACGCCAACGCUGGAAUCUUGCCCAUGCAUUGUGAAUCUCACAUAGGCGUCUCCACGUCGAGCAUCGCCAAGAGCGAAACGGACACGGAAAGCAAGAAUGUCAGCACGAUGAACUCUAUUGCUUCCGUUGAUUGCGAGAAAGUCGAAAAAGUUUGAGUGAAAGUAGGGAGAGAGAGAGAGAGAGAGAGAAGAGAAAGGAGGGAAAUGAGAGAUGGGCAAGGAAGGGAGGAUACGUAGAAGCAAAAAUGUGAUAGUUAUAUUGUCAGAACCAGGCAAUAUGACCUGAACGAGAGACGUGUUUUUCUUUUCUUUUUUUUUUUUUUUUAUCGAUUAAAUAUUUUUUUCCUCUUAUAAUAGAUAAUAAGAGAGAGAGAAAACAUAGAACACUCCCUGCAAAGCUCGAGCAACAAGUCACGCAUUCUUUUUUUUUUUUUUAGCCGCUUAUAACUACGAUCGCUUUCAAAUACCUCUCGUACUUAAUCUCAGGACAAGAUUAUCUUGCAGAACGAACCGUUCUUCUUAUCAUGUGACGCGCAUGAUUUCUUUUUCAACGUGUAUUAAAAAACUUGGAAAUUUUUGGUAAACAAAUUUCGCAUGUUGCUUGUGGUUUUCCUUUGCGCGCAGAAGGGAGCUCUCGUUACAACGAAGUAUCGUAUCAGGAUCUAUCGAAUUUUCUUGUUCUUUUUUUUUUUUUUCUUCUCCUUUUAGCUAGAUUUUCUUUUUUCACGUGCGCGAUUUCCUCUUCGUAUUUUAUAGUCACGUAGAAUAAGGUAGCAUAGAUAGUAAUAGAGAAAAAAAGAGAAUGAAAGUUACCACGUGCGUAUCUGUAAAUGAAUGGUUGUGAUUUGUCAAUGGCGACUCUUUGACUCGGUGAUAUCAAUCCUCAGAGGAACAUUCUCCUUUCCAAUGGCGCGUGGAUGCUUAUCACGCUAAAAUGUCGAAGCUUCUCGAAAACUCUGUAUUUAAACGUGGUGCUUCGGUGAUACCCGACGAGUGGCUUCGUCUUUUAAAGAUAUAUAUGCUGUGAAUCGUGUGACUGUGUUUAGUGGCGAGCAACGCGAGUCGUCAAACGUGAUCGUUAAUGUAUUAUGUUGUAAGGAACGCGACGUAUCCUGCCGCGAGUGACAAGGGUGAUUUAUCUCGAGUUUAUUAUAUUUAAGAAAGGAUUCAAAGAUUCGGGGCUCGCGUUGAGUGCUCUUUUAAUCUAGUGUAAUUUAAUUUUAUGACUAUGGUUGUGCCAACCUUAUUUAUUUUAAUUAUAAUGAUUAUUGUUAACUAUGUAAGUACAUAAAAACUUAUUAGGUCAUGUUGAAUCUAUUCAACAAGAGCAAGAAUGUUCUCAGCUGGAUCUUUGUGAAAUUUGAUAGAAUUUUAAAACAGCAUAUUUUGUACAGCGUUUAUUUUAUGGAGGAAAGAUUAACACUAAUCUGUCUUUGUUAUUCUGUCGUUUGAAUCAAAGAUUUUUUUUUUUUUCUUCGCAAAGAUCCGUCUAAUUUAGAUUUCUUUACCAGAAUUUUGUUUUAGCUGAUCAAACAUCCGACGAGGCGACAUGGCCUAUUUAUAAUAGUAGAAUAUUUUAAUAACAACGUAGCAUAAUUUAAAAUGAUAUCUUAAUUGAUCAUUAUGAUAAGUAUCUAGGACCAGAAACUGAUGUAUCCGCUCCAAUUAACGAAAAAUCCGCGAAUAUUAAUUUAAGGACAAAGUUCGUAGGGCAUUUUACAUUCCAUCUGACAAAUAUUCUCACGACUGCAUCCCAUUUUAUUGUAAAUUUAUUACGUUACAUGUCAUCGAAGCUUUAUGUGACACAUUAAUCGCCAAAUAUAAGUUACACUGUACAAUCAGGAGAAAACAUUAAAUAAUUUAUUAUAUUGUA